AUGCCCGGAGGCGUGUGUGCCGUCCUCGACUAUGAGGUCGACAUGAUGGCCGAGUACGUUGCGGAGAUGGCAACCCGUCUGGUCACCCCCGACGCCACCGUCUCUUCGCCCUUUCGCAAGUUUGUUACGCAGAUUCUCACCUCGACGAGACUGCCUAGCACCACUAUCCUUCUUGGCAUGAACUAUCUUGCUAAGCGAAUCAACGCCAUGAAAGGACAAGGAGGGCCCUACAAGGCAUCGGAGGGCCAGGUCUGGCGCUACCUCACUGUUUCCCUUCUCUUGGGAAGCAAAUUUCUCGACGACAACACCUUUCAGAAUCGUUCCUGGUCCGAGGUCAGCGGCAUCUCCGUCGCCGAGCUGAACUCUCUCGAGUUCGACUGGGUUCAGGCCAUGCACUGGCGCCUCUAUGUCAACCUCGACCUGAGCAAGGACUACCAGGCUUGGCUCGAUAGCUGGCGCGACUACCAAGACAUGAAGAAGCGUCAAGCUGCUCAGGCUUCUCGCGACAGACUUGUUUCGCAGGUCCCUGCCAUUGAUACGGAAAUCUCGCGCUACAACAGCGCCCGCCAGUCACCCAACUCGCGCUACCUCCAAGCCCAGGCCGCCGAGUAUGAGCGUUACCAGGCUCUCAAGGCUCAGCAGCAAUACCAGGGUCGCGAUGCUAUCUGGCAGCAAAACCCAUGGAGCGCUCCUCUCACCCCUCCCGACUCUGGUUAUGGUACUCCAGACUAUGUCAUGUCUGCUACUUCCAGCAACGCGCGCUACAAUGAGUGGUUCUCCAACGCUGCUACCCAGUACGCCAACCGCUACCCACAGCCUGGUGCGCCGAGCCAGUACUAUGGAAGCCGUCAGACUCCCUACCCUGCCUACCCUUUCCACCAUAAUGGCUGGGAGCACGGCAUGGGUGAUUGCGGUUGUGCCGGCUGUGCUGGCUCCAUGAAGCCCCCAUCAUAUUUUGCCGCUCCUGGUUAUGGCCAACCUGUCAUGGGCUAA